AUGUUGAUACCGUACAACUUGCCUCCUUGGAUGUGCAUGAAACAACCAUAUUUUAUGUUAUCAUUGAUUAUCUCAGGCCCAAGUUCACCUGGAAUGAAAAUAGAUGUCUAUCUACAAUCUCUUAUAUCAGAAUUAAAGGAAUUAUGGGAGGUCGGAGUGUCAACUUUUGAUGUAUCAGUGAAAAAGAAGUUCACGAUGCGUGCAGCCUUGAUGUGGACAAUAAACGAUUUUCCAGCUUAUGCAGAUUUAUCUGGUUGGAGUACAAAAGGCAAAAAGGCGUGUCCUUGUUGUAUGGACUCUACACAGUCUACCUGGUUAACUUAUGGCAAUAAACAAUGUUAUAUGGGGCAUAGGCGAUGGUUGCCUUUGGAUCAUAGUUGGAGAAGAAAUAAGAGAGCAUUUGAUGGUACACAAGAAAUGGGUACUCCGCCUCUUGUGCCAAGCGGUGAUGAGAUCAUGAGACAAUUAGAGGUAUUUGGACAUGUUGUUGGCCAUGUUGCGGAGAAACGACAAAGGAGUACUGUUGCCGAUGAUGACGGGAUAAUAUGGAAGAAGCGUAGUAUUUUCUUUACAUUGCCCUAUUGGAAAGAUAAUAUUUUACGCCACAACAUUGAUGUGAUGCACUUAGAAAAAAACGUGCUCAAUAAUAUUAUAUGUACACUGUUGGACAUAAAAGGAAAAACAAAAGACAACCAUGAAGCACGUAAGGACCUACAAAAAAUGUGUUUGAGACCAACACUAAAUCCAUUUACUAACGAUAACGGUAAGACAUAUCUGCCUGCAGCUUGCUUCACAAUGUCAAAUGAUGAGAAAUAUCAGUUCUUGAAGGUCAUAAAGGAUGUACGAGUGCCUGAUGGGUAUGCUUCAAAUGUGUCACGGUGUGUAAAACUUAAAGAACGUACCAUUGGAGGUUUGAAGAGUCAUGACAGCCACAUACUCAUGCAACAACUCCUUCCAAUUGCACUUCGCGGAUCAUUACCAAAGAAGGUCGUUGAACCUUUGAUAGAUUUGUCUUGCUUCUUUAGGGAGAUUUGUUCCAAAACACUACGAUUAGAAGAUCUGAACCGUCUUGAGGAUAGAAUCCCCAUAAUAUUGUGCAAUUUGGAAAAGAUUUUCCCUCCCGGUUUUUUUACAGUGAUGGUGCACCUAGUCAUACAUUUAGUUCGUGAAUGUAAGCUUGGAGGUCCUGUUCACCAUCGGUGGAUGUAUCCUGUUGAGAGGUCCCUUGGUCGAUACAAAUUUACCGUUCGCAACAGAGCUGCACCGGAAGGCUCUAUUGCGGAAGUUGAUAGUAACUUUUACAUGUGGAUUAAACGUAGGAUGCACUUGGAGAAGCUAAGGGAAACACAAAAUAGGGAACGAAAUUCAGAUACUGAAUUGCUUAAGAAGCAUAGAGACCAAUUUUGUGAUUGGUACCGGGUCUAUGUUCAACAAUUGGAUGAGAUUCACAUAAAUGUGUUGGGUGAUAAGCUUGUAUGGCAUGCCAAAGGGCCGAUGCGGUCCGCUAUAGAAUAUAGCCGUUAUGUUAGUAAUGGCAUGCUGUUUCGUAUUUUGUCCCACGAUAAUGGAAAGACAUCUCAAAAUUGUGGAGUAUGUGUGCCAACUGUUGAUGGCCCAACCUACUACGGCAAGUUAACUCGCAUAAUCGAGGUGCAAUAUUACGACGAGUCUCGAUAUGUGCUAUUCAAGUGUGAUUGGGCUGACAUAGAGAAAAAUAAGGGAUAUAAGGAGGACGAAUAUGGGAUCCCCCUUGUGAGUUUCAAAAGACUAAUCCAUAUGGGGGAUCGUAUUACUGAUGACCCAUACCUAUUAUCUUCUCAAGUAUCACAAGUAUACUAUGUUGAGGAUGAGAGGCACCCGGACUGGACUGUCGUAGUUAGGACAAAACCAAGACACGUGUACGACAUUGGCCAAGGGGGGGAAGAAAACGAUGAUGAUGAUAAUGGCAACUAUCGUGAGAACGAGCCAUAUAACCGAAACAUUAAUGCGGACCCAAAUGAUGCUGACAAUGAUAAUGUUGAGUGUGCACGUGACAAUGUUCCUGCCAUCGAAGUUUCGGUGUUGGGAGCAUAA